UACCCACCGCUAAGUAAAAGCACACAGAGCAGAGGCACUCAGUCUGGCAGUUGCUGGGGGUUUAAAGGAGUUGGUGGAUUUCGGCUGGUUUUAAAUGAGAUCGAAAGAGUGGCUUUUUUUCUUCUCUACUCGGUAGAAAUACUGAACGGACAAAAAGAUACUGGAAAUAAUGAAAAAAGUGUGCCACAACUCUUGAUCAGAGACCUGAAAUUUGAGAAGAAAUCAUUAGCUAAGCUCAUGUUUUCUCCUGAUCAAGAAAAUCAUCCGUCAAAAGCACCAGUAAAAUACGGUGAAUUGAUUGUAUUAGGGUACAAUGGGUCUCUCCCAAAUGGAGAUAGAGGAAGAAGAAAAAGUAGGUUUGCUUUAUUUAAAAGGCCCAAGGCAAAUGGGGUGAAACCUAGCACUGUGCAUAUUGCCUGUACCCCUCAAGCAGCAAAGGCAAUAAGUAAUAAGGACCAACACAGCAUAUCUUACACUUUGUCUCGGGCCCAGACAGUAGUAGUUGAAUAUACACAUGACAGCAACACAGAUAUGUUCCAGAUUGGUCGGUCAACGGAGAGUCCUAUAGACUUUGUCGUGACAGAUACAGUUCCUGGAAGUCAGAGUAAUUCAGAUACGCAGUCUGUGCAGAGCACUAUAUCAAGGUUUGCCUGCAGAAUCAUAUGUGAACGUAAUCCUCCUUUUACAGCAAGAAUAUAUGCUGCAGGAUUUGACUCCUCAAAAAACAUCUUUCUUGGGGAGAAGGCUGCGAAGUGGAAGACCUCAGAUGGGCAAAUGGACGGACUGACCACAAAUGGAGUUCUUGUUAUGCAUCCUCGUAACGGAUUUACAGAAGACUCCAAGCCAGGGGUGUGGAGAGAGAUAUCUGUGUGUGGGAAUGUGUUCAGCCUACGUGAAACCAGAUCAGCUCAGCAGAGGGGAAAAAUGGUUGAGAAUGAAACGAACCAGCUGCAGGAUGGCUCUCUAAUUGACCUGUGCGGAGCAACGCUGCUGUGGCGCACCGCCGAAGGGCUUUCCCGCACUCCUACUGUCAAGCACCUGGAGGCACUAAGGCAGGAGAUAAAUGCAGCGAGGCCCCAGUGUCCCGUGGGGUUUAACACCUUGGCAUUUCCCAGCAUGAAGAGAAAAGAUGUUGUAGACGAAAAGCAGCCGUGGGUGUAUCUGAACUGCGGCCACGUCCACGGCUAUCACAACUGGGGAAACAAAGAGGAGAGAGACGGCAAGGAUCGCGAGUGUCCCAUGUGCCGCUCUGUUGGCCCCUAUGUGCCUCUGUGGCUUGGGUGCGAAGCGGGAUUUUACGUGGAUGCAGGACCUCCAACUCACGCCUUCAGCCCGUGCGGACACGUGUGCUCAGAAAAGACGACUGCAUAUUGGUCCCAAAUUCCUCUUCCGCACGGUACUCACACUUUUCACGCGGCCUGUCCGUUCUGUGCGCAUCAGCUGGCUGGUGAGCAAGGUUACAUCAGACUCAUUUUCCAAGGACCUCUUGACUAACGCAUGUGUGAGCGAGGACUGCCGUAAACUGAUAAGCUAAGCGAUUCUGAUUUUUAAACCAACUGUUUUUCAUAUUCUCUGGGCUUUGCUGGUUUGCAUUAAGAUGAAGAAUUUUUGGGGUUUUGUUACAACAGCUAAAUCCCUCUCCAUUGAGAAAAGUCUGGAUAUGGAAGAAACACGGAGGGAGAAGGGAGAGAACUCCUGCUUUUUUUUAGUUAAUAACCGCUCCUGGAGCAGUGAAGGAAGUGUUGUAAACGUUGAUGCCUUCCGUUGAAUGGUUUUGAAUCACAUGCCCACAGUGUUUGAAAGUUGUUUCAUUCUUUUUGUAUAUGGAGGGUAAAUAAUUCAAAGAACAUUAGUUUACAGCUUGGAUGCAAACAUUGUAAAAUAUAACGUGUAUAUUAACUCUUUUCUAUUUAUCUUUAUUAUUGAAAAUACGUAGAACGUUUAGAGAGUAGCAUGGUCUUAGUGUGUUACAUCCAGCAACCGGAUGCGUAGAGUAGUUCUGGAUGGAGAACGCGAGAUGGAAACGGUAGAAAAAUCUUUUUUAAUCUAAAAUACUGAGUUCCUAGAAUAGUUAAAAUGCUUUUUAAACAAAGCUAAUGCAAAUUACGAUGGCAUAAAGGUGUGCUUUAACCAUGUCGAAAGGUAGCUAAGAAGGACUUCUUAAAAUGUCUUUUUGGUAGGACUGUACUGAAGAUCUGGUUACGAGGAGAAUAUUUACCAGAGUCUUUGAAUAUGCAACUUAGCCUAGAUUAAGGAUUAUUUUUUUUUCCUCCCUUCAUGCUAACACAUCUCUUUAUUUAGCAUUAGUGACAUUUGCAAGGAUUUUUCCAAUGUUAAACGUUAACAAACCUGAAAGACAAGGCACACUGGGGCUGGGGGGAGAGGCGGACGCGCCCACGCGUGCGUGUGGGGAGCGAUCUGUGACUCGGCCGCAGUCCCGGCUGGUGUGGGGCUUCUCCCUCGGAUCUUCUGCCU